AUGGAGCAAGAAAUGAACGCUGGCGUCGACGGAGCGAGGCGCGGAACCGCGCGGACGAAGCUCGGCCUCGCAGAAAUGCUCAAAGGCGGAGUUAUUAUGGACGUGAUGAACGCCGAGCAAGCUCGCAUAGCAGAACGAGCAGGCGCUUGUGCAGUCAUGGCGCUGGAGAAGAUCCCCGCAGACAUCCGCGUCUCGGGAGGCGUCGCACGCAUGUCUGAUCCCGCGCUCAUUGAAGACAUCAUGAAAGCGGUGUCUAUCCCGGUCAUGGCCAAGUGCCGCAUCGGGCACUUUGCGGAGGCGCAGAUUCUGUCCGCGGUCGGCGUGGACUUCAUCGACGAGAGCGAAGUUUUGACUGUCGCGGACGAGGAGAACCACAUCAACAAAUCCAAGUUUGAAGUCCCCUUCGUCUGCGGCUGCAGGAACCUCGGCGAGGCCCUCCGCCGCAUCGCCGAGGGCGCCUCGAUGAUCCGCACCAAAGGCGAGGCCGGCACAGGCAACAUCGUGGAGGCGGUGCGUCACAUUCGCACGGUCAACCGCGAAAUCGGCGUGCUCUGUGCCCUCGACGAGGACGAAGUCUUCUCGUUCGCCAAGCAGAUCCAAGCGCCUCUGUCGCUCGUGGAGGAGACGCGCCGCCUGAAGAGGCUGCCCGUUGUGAACUUCGCCGCCGGCGGCGUCGCGACGCCCGCAGACGCGGCGCUCUGUAUGCAGCUGGGCGUCGACGGAGUCUUCGUGGGAUCAGGAAUCUUCAAGUCGGGUUGCCCCGAAAAGCGCGCGCGGGCCAUCGUCGAGGCGGUGACACACUGCCGGGACGCUCCGCGUCUCGCAAAGAUCUCGAAGAACCUGGGCGAGCCGAUGGUUGGCCUCACGCUGGACCGCAUUGAGCGCUGGGCUGGCAGAGACACCUCAAUGUCGAUGAACCUCUCCUAA